CGGCUGAGCUGAAACAGAAAGUAAAGUUGUUCUUUUGUUCAGGAUCCAUUUUGAGACGACAGAGCAGAAAACACUACAUGGAGAUCAUUGAAAAAUAAAGGGUCAGUGCUCUAAAAUGAGUCUCUCUGGGGAGAGAGAGGAGGGGGGCCCUGCCUCUAAAAUGAGUCUCUCUGGGGAGAGAGAGGAGGGGGGCCCUUCCUCUAAAACACAUCUCUCUGGGGGACAUGACACCACAGCUAAGAGUCCAAUCAAGCAGGAGAGACCAGCCUCCCCUGUUCCCAGCUGUGUGUCCAUGAAGAGUAACCAGUCUAUGAUUCAACCUAUAAUGUUUAGAGAGGGAGACUUUUCUACUGAACAAAGGCACAAGGACAACGUAGCACGUCCUGUGAACACGUCAGGGUUCCAUAGCCGGAGGCAGACCAGCAGAAACUGGAUCAGCAGCACAACAAGACCAAACAAGCAGGAGAGACCAGCCUCCCCUGUUCCCAGCUGUGUGUCCAUGAAGAGUGACUGGUCUAUGAUUCAACCUAUAAACUUUAGAGAGGGAGACUUUUCUACUGAACAAAGAAACCAACAGGAGAGAUCAGAGUCAGAGAUUCUCAGUGGUCAGUCUUCCCAGAGUCAUCAAACAAACCUGGCCUCCAUAUUCAGUACGCUUGAAGAGAAAAUUAUGACAUUUGUGAAGAACGAGCUGAAGAUGUUCAAGAGGAUUCUUAGUCCAGAACUCCCAGGAGGCUUUGAGAGUCAGAAGCAGGAUAAGGAAGUGGUGGAUGCUGAUGAUGAGAAGCAGGAGAGCAGUGCUAGAGAGGGGGCUCUGAAGAUCACACUGCACAUCCUGAGGAAAAUGAACCAGAAGGAGCUUGCUGACACACUGGAGAAAUAUGAGCUCGCUGUGAUUUGCCAACGUGAACUCAAAUCUAAUCUAAAGAAGAAGUUUCAAUGUGUAUUUGAGGGGAUCGCUAAACAAGGAAACCCAACACUUCUCAAUAAGAUCUACACAGAGCUCUACAUCACAGAGGGUGGAACAGGACAGGUCAAUAAUGAACAUGAGCUGAGACAGAUUGAGACAACAACCAGGAAACAAGCAAGACCAGAGACUGCAAUCAAAUGUAACGACAUCUUCAAACCCUUAACUGGACAAGACAAACGUAUCAGAACUGUGCUGACAAAGGGAGUCGCUGGCAUUGGAAAAACAGUCUCUGUGCAGAAGUUCAUUCUGGACUGGGCUGAAGGAAAAGCAAAUCAGGAUGUCCAAUUUGUAUUUUCAUUCCCUUUCCGGGAGCUGAAUUUGAUGAAAGAGGACAAACACACUUUGAUUGAACUUCUUAAUCACUUCUCAAUGGAAACCAAACAAUCAGGAAUCUCCAUCUACAACAAGUACAAAGUUCUGUUCAUCUUUGAUGGUCUGGAUGAGUGCCGACUGCCCCUUGACUUCCAGAAGAACAAGAUCUGUUGGGACGUCACAGAGUCAACUUCAGUGGAUGUUCUGCUGACAAAUCUCAUCAAGGGAAAUCUGCUUCCAUCUGUCCUCCUCUGGAUAACUACCCGACCUGCAGCAGCCAAUAAGAUCCCUUCUGGGUGUGUUGACCAGGUGACAGAGGUACGAGGGUUCAAUGACCCACAGAAGGAGGAGUACUUCAGGAAGAGAUUCAGUGAUGAGGACCUGGCCAGCAGAAUCAUCUCACACAUAAAGACAUCAAGGAGCCUUCACAUCAUGUGCCACAUUCCAGUCUUCUGUUGGAUUUCUGCUACAGUCCUUGAACACAUGCUGAAACAUAAGAGAGAAGAGAUGCCCAAGACUCUGACUGAGAUGUACACACACCUUGUGGUGUUUCAUACCAAACAGAAGAAUGAAAAGUAUCUUGGGAAAGAAGAGACAGGUCCACACUGGAAUAAAGAGAGCAUUCUGUCACUGGGAAAACUGGCUUUUCAACAGCUUGUGAAUGGCAAUCUGAUUUUCUAUGAAGAAGACCUGAAAGAGGCUGGCAUUGAUGUCAAUGAAGCCUCAGUGUACUCAGGAUUGUGCACACAGCUCUUUAAAGAGGAAUGUGUGCUGUACCAGGACAAGGUGUACUGCUUCGUACAUCUGAGCAUUCAGGAGUUUCUGGCUGCUGUAUAUGUGUUCCUCUCAUUCAUCAACAACAAUGAGAAUCUAAUGGACAAACUGCAAACAAAGUCCAGUAUCUUUUCUUCGCUGUUCAGAGACAAGCCUGAAGUUACUUUCUACAAGAGUGCUGUGGAUAAAGCCUUACAAAGUGAGACGGGAAACCUGGACCUUUUCCUCCGCUUCCUUCUGGGCCUCUCACUGGAGUCCAAUCAGAAGCACUUACGAGGUCUACUGACAAAGACAAGAAGCAGCUCACAGAGCCAUGAAGAAACAAUCGAGUACAUCAAGGAGAAGAUCGGGGAGGAUCUCUCUCCAGAGAGGAGCAUCAAUCUGUUCCACUGUCUGAAUGAACUGAAUGACCAUUCUCUAGUGAAGGAGAUCCAAAGAUACCUGAGAUCAGGAAGUCUCUCAGAACCCAACCUGUCACCUGCACAGUGGUCAGCUCUGGUCUUUGUGUUGCUGACUUCAGAAAAGGAGCUGGAUGUGUUUGACCUGAAGAAAUACUCCAGAUCAGAGGAAGGUCUUCUGAGGCUGCUGCCAGUGGUCAAAGCCUCCAGGGCUGCUCUGCUGUCAGGCUGUGGAGUCACAGAGGAAGGCUGUGCUUCUCUGGUCUCAGCUCUGAGGUCAAACCCCUCACACCUGAGAGAGCUGGACCUGAGUAACAAUGACCUGAAGGAUUCAGGAGUGAAGCUGCUCUCUGCUGGACUGGGGAAUCCCCACUGUAAACUGGAGACUCUGAGGUCAGUAUUAUCAGAUAUGAAAGCACUUUAUGUAUGUAGUUCUCCCAUUCUCACACUGGACCCAAACACAGUAAACAGACGCCUCUCUCUGUCUGAUGAGAACAGAAAGGUGACAUGGAGGAGAGAGGAGCAGCCGUAUCCUGAUCACCCAGAGAGAUUUGAGGACAGGGGACAGGUGCUGUGUAGAGAGGGUCUGACUGGGCGCUGUUACUGGGAGGUAGAGUGGGGGGGGGGGGGGGCUGUUAUAGGAGUGACAUAUAAAGGAAUCAGCAGGAAAGGAGGGGUUAAGGACUGUUGUCUUGGAUACAAUGACAAGUCCUGGAGUCUGUUCUGCUAUGACAUCCGUUACAGAGCCUGGCACAAUAAUAAUCCCACUACCAUAGACGUCCCCUCCUCCAGCUCCCACAGAGUAGGAGUGUAUCUGGACUGGCCAGCCGGCACUCUGUCCUUCUAUAGAGCCUCCUCUGACACACUGACCCACCUGAUCACAUUCACCUCCACAUUCACUGAGCCCCUCUAUCCAGGGUUUAGGGUUUAUGAUGUUGGUGACUCAGUGUCUCUCUGUCAGUGAUACACACACACACACACACUGGACACACACUCACACACACACACUGGACACACACUCACACACACACUG